AUGUCGAAACCGAUUGUGCUGCAUCUUGGAGACCCCAUCAAGUAUAACCACGACUUGUACAACGGGGCUUUUUCAGAGCGAUUUCAUAUUAUUCGCAAUGAUGCCCUGGAUCGAGAGUCGUUUAUUGAUGCAUUAAGAACACACAAAUAUGGCGAAUUCUCCGCCAUCUUCCGCCCUCACUUCCAAACCGGGGGCGAAAUGGGACAGUGGGAUGAAGAGCUAAUAUCUCUCCUCCCAUCUUCCGUCCGCAUCUUUGCCUCUGCCGGAGCAGGAUUCAACUGGGCAGACGUGGAUGCCCUCGGCCGGCGGGGCAUUUGGUACGCCAACGGAGCAGGGGCAUCUGAUGAAGCUGUCUCCGAUACGACGCUAUUCAUGAUUCUCUCUGUUUUUCGCAAUUUCACCCGAUCGCAACUUGCUGCUCGGAUGGCUGAUCCGGAGAUUUUCACGGCAACGCAUAAGCUCAUUGCGACCAUUUCGCGGAAUCCGAGAGAUCAUGUUCUGGGAUUAAUUGGACUGGGGAAUAUCAGUAAGAAGGUUGCGUAUAAAGCGCGCAUGGGACUGGGGAUGAAGGUGCAUUAUUACGAUGUUAUUCGUCAGACGAAAGAAGAAGAGGAGAGACUGGGUGUGACGUUUGAGUCGUCGUUGGAGGAUCUUCUCACGGUGUCAGAUUGUGUGUCGCUGCAUACGCCGUUGAAUCAGCAUACGAAGCAUUUGAUCAACAGCGAGACAUUGAAUUCGAUGAAAGAUGGAGCCAGACUGGUGAAUACGGCGAGGGGAGAAGUAGUGGAAGAAGAGGCCUUGAUUGCAGCGUUGAAGAGUGGCAAAUUGUCUGCAGCUGGAUUGGAUGUGCAUUAUCACGAGCCGCAAGUGUCGCCGAGACUGGCAGCAAUGGAGAAUGUCACCUUGACGACGCACAUCGGAGGGGGGGCUUUGGAUACAAGAGUCAAUUUUGAGCUGAACGCGAUGAAGAACAUUCUGGCAGUUGUGGGGGAGAAUGGAGAGCUGAUUGGAGAGCCUUUGACGCCGGUCAAUACCAAGGCUGUCAAGUCGGCGAAUCUUUGA